AUGGGGAUCUUGAAGCUGGGGCGACGCUAUGAGGAAUUUGAGCAGCUCUGUUACCUCCCCAGGCGACCUGCUUGGUUCUCCGCCGAACACAUGAGCAAUCCUUACAGAUUGCUCCUUGAGUCCUGGUUAGUAGAAGCGAUCUUCGCCCCAGGAAAUCCAGGCAGCGAGCACACACCGCGCGUCGAGUGUGUGUCACAGACUAUUAUUCACGUGAACCCGUUGAACCCCAGCGGCGAUUUCAAGGUCUUGAUAUUUGGGCAGCCUUAUUACCAAAAGAAAACAGCCAGAACGAUCUUGAAUCUGGUGAAUUAUCACCGUCAGGGCAAGGAGUAA